AACAAACAAACCAUGCGGCGAGUAAAUUUUAUAUUAGUAAUCGUCCCAAACCUAUUUGGACUGGACAUUACGUCAUUAAGGGUCCUCUACACUGCCAGCGAGUCAAGUUCCCCAACUAUUCAAAUCGUACAAAAACACGACACGAUACCUGGUGGAGUAGAUCCAAAACCCGGAGUUUAUGAGAUACAACUUAAGGAAAAGGAGCGCCAAGAUGCCCACCCCAUCCAAUGGAGGACGCGAGUCACCAGUGGAGAACCAGAACACAGAGUUGGAGCAGAUGAGAAAGAUGUUAGAGGAACGAGAGAAAGAGAUCGCAGCCCUUCAUGAAAAGAAUGAAGAAUAUCAACUUAGAGAAAUGGAAAUACGUCGACGAGAGUCUAGACAGAUCCAAGCCAGAGAGGAGGAGAUCGAGAACCUCCAAGAUCAGCUAAGACGGGGGAGCUCAAGACAACCACCCACAACCCAGUCUCAUGCUACAACGCCUAAAGUAAAGUUAGACAAAUAUGACGGCAAGACGUCCAUCAUCCAGUGGUGGCUUAAAUUCAUAACCUUCAUCAACCUGCAACGCCUGACAGAGAAAAUGACCAUUGAGACACUACCAUUUUAUCUAGCCGGAGCCGCUGAGUCGUGGUUCUUUUCUCUUGAUGAAGCAGUAAAACAUUCUCUUUCCACCAUCAAGGAGGCCAUCCAUCAACGAUUCCAACCAUCCUCCAGAAACAAUCUUUAGCUGAUGGAUGUGAAACAAAAACAAACCGAGUCGGUGGAGGAUUUCAUCCAUAGGGUAACUCAGAUGACUACCGAUAGACGGGUGGACCAGGAUUGGCUAAUCACUGUCAUUAUGAAUGGCCUGAAACCAGACAUUGGAGCCGACGUAAUCAAGGUGGACCCAAAAUCCCUGUAGGAGCUGAGAAAUGUGGCCGCCCGAGCAGAAGUUGCCGAGAGACGCCGGACCAACUCUCCUGCCCUGCAGGAGAACACUAACCUUGCUCUUUUAGAUGCAUUACAGGAAAUUAGAGAUGACAUGAGAGCCAACCAGAGGAAGUUUUCCCCUCAGCAGUCCCGACGUCCUGGAAAGCCAAAGCAGCAUCAAGGAUACAGACCACCACCUCCACAGGCCUAUCAACA